AUGUCUUUGUCAACAUACUCGCGGAGUUUGCCCUCCAGUUUUGACGCCCAACGUCAAAGGACUUGGAUGAGCUGCUACGGGGGGCGCAAAACGCAUUGCCGUGUCACUUCUGCCUCUUCAAAGACCCGUUCAGCGGUUCGACGCCCCCAAAUGCCAUGCUUCCCAUCGUCCAGCGAUUUCUCAAUUUUGCUUGCUAUGAAAUUGGUCUGGGUGAAAUUCGGGCACUGGGAUGCCUCGCGACACCAAGCUGUUGCUCGCGUGCUUGCUGAUCGAUUAGUUGGUCAGUUCCAUAAUACCUACGGCUAUGGCUUUGCUCACAAAGUCCGUGCCUAUGUGAUGGGUAUUGACCCGUUCGACGCAAGCGUUCCUAGACUUGGUAGAUGCCCAUUUGCUUCUGGAGCAAAGGGGAACGUGAAGACCGAGGAUGUGACCUGUUCCCUGGAGAGAAUGGAUAUCAUCACUGGUGUUGUCCUUGACAAACUCUCCGCCAUCGGGAAGCCGUACGGAAGUAGAGUAAUUUCUGCGAUUGCAGCAAAGCGUGCGUCAGGUGGAGCGAAGAAUGCCUCGAAGACGAACAUAUCAUGGGUGAUGGAUGACCUUGACGAGUACUGUGUUUCUCGUGCCAGUACCCCUGAAAAUCACACAAUCCAGGCCAAGAGAAAAACGAAAACACACAGACAAAUCGAUUUCUGA